UGGAAUUGAUUAAUAUCAAUUCCAAAGAUUGUUGUUCCUGUUCCUUCUUUUAUUUCACCCCUACUUUGCGGCUUUAUGAGUAGGAGCAGCUCAGUGCAUUGCUGAGUGCUAGAAUUCUGCAAUCAGAAAGGCUUGUAAAACAGAUUUAGUCUUCUCUCUGUAAUGGCAUCUUGGCUUGUAAUCCAGGAAACAGUCGUGUAUGGUGUCCAUAGCCAUGAUUUCCUGAAAUGGAGAAAAAGUGUGGAAAGCAUCUGGAGAAAAGGAGACUCCCUUUACCAGCUUGUUUCCUGUCAUGUGACUGGCAGUCCUAGAGUUUUCUGUUCACCUGUCAGUCCUGUCUUCUUACACAAGCAGACAAGCAAUCAGCAAAGAAGAUAUUUCUUUUUCCAAAGACAAAAAUGCACAUCUCCUAGGAUAGUUUUGCCUGCUGUGGUCUCUUCAGCUCAUCCAGUUCCUCAGCACAUAAAGAAGCCAGACUAUGUGACGACAGGCAUUGUACCAGACUGGGGAGACAGCAUAGAAGUUAAGAAGGAAGAUCAGAUUCAAGGGCUUCGUCAGGCUUGUCAAUUGGCCCGUCAUGUCCUCCUUCUAGCUGGAAAGAGUUUAAAGGUUGACAUGACAACUGAAGAGAUAGAUUCUCUUGUUCAUCAGGAAAUAAUCCGUCACAACGCCUAUCCUUCACCUCUAGGCUAUGGAGGGUUUCCAAAAUCCGUUUGUACCUCUGUAAACAACGUGCUGUGUCAUGGUAUUCCUGACAGUCGACCUCUUCAGGAUGGAGAUAUUAUCAACAUUGAUGUCACGGUCUAUUACAAUGGCUACCACGGCGAUACUUCUGAAACAUUUUUGGUGGGCAAUGUGGAUAAAUAUGGUAAAAAGUUAGUGGAGGUUGCCAGGAGAUGUAGAGAUGAAGCAAUUGCAGCUUGCAGAGCAGGGGCUCCCUUCUCUGUAAUUGGAAACACAAUCAGCCGAAUAACCUGUGAAAAUGGGUUGCAAGUCUGUCCCCACUUUGUUGGGCAUGGAAUAGGAUCCUACUUUCAUGGACACCCAGAAAUAUGGCACCAUGCGAACGACAGUGAUUUGUUGAUGGAAGAGGGGAUGGCAUUUACUAUAGAGCCAAUCAUCGUGGAGGGAUCCCCUGAGUUUAAGGUCCUGGAGGACAAAUGGACUGCAGUCUCUACAGAUAAUAAAAGAUCAGCGCAGUUUGAACAUACCAUUGUAAUUACGUCUGGAGGAGCCGAAAUCCUGACAAAACUGCUUGAAGAACCUUAAGAGUUGCAUCAAGGAGUUCUUGGGGACAGCGAUCCUCUAGGGCUUGCUAGUUUGAGAAAGGCUUAGAAACCCAUUUGGGAAGUUUUAAAAAGACACAGUUAAGGCAGAUCCAGUGGUCUUCUGAAAACUAAUUUGAUUAUUAGGUGAGGGAUUAUAGUGGAAAGUUUUGAAGACCACUCCUCAGAGGUUUGAGGAGUGUCGGGUUCCACAGAACUUGCUUCCCCCUGCCCCCACGAAAAUUCAGGAUAAGAAGGAAUCAGUCUGAUACUUUCCUGUUUGCAGUCUCAAAUUCCAUUGGAAAGAAACGGGGAACUGGCAAAUCCCUGCUUAGGAGAGGACUCCCGAAGGAGCAUAAUUCUACUUCUUUGUAAUUAAUCAGCAUUUCCUCGAAUUGAAUCUGCAUGAGUAAAA